GGGCAGCUGGAUCCCACCCACCAUCUUCUCUGCUCUCGUGCCUCAAGAAAGGCCGCGGACUGUUGACCGCCGCCAGAUCCCAUGUGAACACGGCCAAUGGGACCAUUGCCGGGACCAUUGUGGCAACGAACGUCAAAGCGUCUUGACACGUCGAGCAGCAUGACUUCCUCGAUGCUAUCAGUCUUCUGGUAUCACGCUGGCCAAAGCUCAAAGCAUUGGGCAUCUCGCUUGCAGGAUGGCCUGCAGUUGGUUCUUGAUAUCAACAUCCAGGCUGCGAAAGCCGACAAGAAGACGGCGAGGGCGACGCUAGUUCGUGAUAUUCAUGUCCAAUGUCGUAAGUCAUGGAUUGGAGGCCUUCCUCGUCCAAGGAUAUCUCCUGGACUGUCCCAACAGUUCCAGGCUGGGAAAGUCAUAUCUUCACAAGCCCCUUUACACACAAGAUCUAUACAGUAUUAUCACUACUCUGCGCUGCUUAGCAACCAGACACGUACCAUGUUCUCCUUCUUUCUUCCAACACUGGCCAUUGCUCUCUGCCACGCUGUCAUCAAAACUCUCAACAGAACUCUAAAUGAAACUCUAAAACUACCAUUAUUUACCAGGCAUAAAGCCUCACCUUUUACCACCUCUUCCAUCAAGACUUUACAACAACAACAUUUUCACUCUGCCAACGAAUUCCGCUCGAUAUAUCACAAGCAACCACAAUCAAUUACAACCUACCACCGUCAACCUGAUACAAUGACACCCAACCAAGCCCCAAAGAAAGUCGGCGACUUAACGCUCGAAGAAUUGGAGGGCUUCCUCUUGAAGCUCGUACCAAGAAUCGCUGAGGAGACGAACAAUAUGAGGCCAAAGAUCUACAACCUACUAUGGGUACUACGUGCAUGUGGCUUUUCGCACCAAGCGACGCUCAACAUUGCCUCCGCUGGGCACCACAUUUUAUGGUUCCUCGCAUAGUGUGCAAAGAAUUCGCUUGCUGUGGUCGCAUACAUCGUUAUUGGAGAUGUGUAUAGCGAGACAGUGGCCUUCAUGCGCAACGUUGGAUGGGUAAAUAUACUAAUUAGGCGAAUAUGAACUUAAGCUAACGGUCAUUAGGUCGUUGCUG